AUGCCCGAACCCACCCCCGAAAAACGCCCCUUUUCCAAAAUCCUAAUAGUAGGCGCCGGCCCCUCAGGCCUCCUCCUAGCCCUGCUCCUCUCCAAACACGGCAUCCCAACGCACAUCCUCGAAGCCGCCUCCCACCUCGACCCCCAACCGCGCGCAGCACACUACGGUGCACCGGCCAUCCCUGAGUUUUAUAGGGCUGGUAUUAUUGAGAAGAUGGCUGAGCGUGGCGGGUUGGUGUUGGGGGGGAUGUGUUGGCGGUAUCCGCAGGCAGAUGGGGAGGAGGAGGAGGGGAAGGCUGGGUAUGAGGAGCAUGGGAUUGUGGCGGGGUUUGAUGCGGGGCAGGUGAUGAGGGAGGUCGAGGUCGAGUUGGAUGGGGGGAAGAAGAAGAUGGAUUUGAGGACGCACUGUUUAGCCUUGCAAGAGUUGGAUCAGUUGAUGUUGGAGGAGGUUACGGAACGGUAUGGAGGGACAGUGGCGUGGGAGCAUCGGGUUGUUGGGGUGGGUCAGGAUGAUGAGGGGGCGUGGUGUGAGGUGGAGGUUGGGGAGAGUAAAGAGAAGAAAGUGGUGAGGGGGGAUUAUGUGGUGGGUUGUGAUGGGGCGAAUAGUGCGGUUAGGAGGGCUUUGUUUGGAGAGGAGUUUCCGGGGUUUACGUGGGAUGCGCAGAUUAUUGCUACGAAUACGUACUACCCCUUCGAAAAGUAUGGCUGGUGGGAUGCCAACUUCAUCAUCCACCCCGAGCACUUCUUUAUGGCCGCCAAACUCACCUCCACCGGCCUCUACCGCAUAACCUACGGCGAGACCCCCAAUCUCACCCAUUCCCAAUACCUCUCCCGCCAACCGCACAAAUUCCACACCAUCCUCCCCGGCCACCCCCUACCCUCCGACUACCAAACCAUCAACUUCUCCCCCUACCGUAUGCACCAACGCUGCGCGCCCAAAUUCCGCGUCGGCCGCGUCCUCCUCGCCGCCGACGCCGCCCACCUGUGCAAUCCCUGGGGCGGAUUAGGUAUCACGGGGGGGUUUGUCGAUGUCGGUGGAUUGUAUGAGUGCCUGUCAGGGAUCUGGGACGGGAAGGCGGAUGAGGGGAUCUUGGAGGUGUACUCGGAGAAGAGGAUUGAGAAGUGGAAGACGAUUAUUGAUCCGAUUUCGCAGGAGAAUUUCCGGAGGGUGUCGGAUCGGGAGCCGGGGACGAGGUUGGAGAGGGACGGGUUUUUGCAGUUGUUGAAAAGGGGGGAGACGGAUCAGGUGUUGUUGAAGGAGUUGUUGAUGGGGCCGAUGGAAGUGCGGUAUGACUUUACGCAGCAUUAUCAUGAUGCGGGGAAGAAGUGA